AUGAUGAUAUUUGAAGUAACAGACACACAUACCACCCGGACUCAUCCUCUCCCGCAUUUGCUCUCGAAAGCUCAGCCCCUCAGAUCGCCUCAAUCCGCCGAGAAUACAGCGACUGUUAUAGACACCGAAUUAUUCUGUGUAAAUGCCCCUGCUGAAACUGAAACUGCUCUUUUUGUCUGCACUUGUCUUAUUUUGAGACAGGAAAAUUCACAUGAGGCAGAUGCCAAGUCCGUGUCUAGACUCCUUCACAUCCAAGUCUGUGCUCUGGAUCGGCUGAGUGCCAUCAACAGAUCAGACUGGUUCUCGGUAGCCAUGCACUCGCAGGUCAUAUGGCAAUAG